AUGGCCUUGCAGGUUGCUCCAUCCAGUAUUCUUGUUGGAUCUCAUGUUUGGGUGGAGGACCCAGAUGUAGCUUGGAUAGAUGGAGAAGUAAAGGAAGUUAAGGGGGAAGAGAUUACAGUAGAUUCUACAUCAGGGAAGACAAUUGUUGCCAAAACAUCUAAUGUUUAUCCAAAGGACCCUGAAUUUCCUUCAUGUGGUGUUGAUGAUAUGACAAGGCUAGCAUAUUUGCAUGAACCUGGGGUUUUGCAGAAUUUAAAAUGUCGAUAUGAUAUCAAUGAAAUAUAUACCUACACAGGAAAUAUAUUGAUUGCUGUAAAUCCUUUUCGAAGACUGCCACAUUUAUACAGCAGUCAUAUGAUGGAACAAUACAAAGGGGCAGCUUUUGGUGAGCUGAGCCCACAUCCAUUUGCUGUUGCAGAUGCUUCAUAUAGACACAUGAUCAAUGAGGGGAUAAGCCAAUCAAUUUUGGUAAGUGGGGAAAGUGGAGCCGGUAAAACAGAGAGUACAAAGAUGCUUAUGCGCUAUCUAGCCUAUAUGGGAGGGAGAGUUAGCAAGGCAGAGGAACGCUCUGUGGAGCAGAAGGUCUUGGAGUCUAAUCCUGUUCUGGAAGCCUUUGGCAAUGCAAAGACUGUCAGAAACAAUAAUUCAAGUCGCUUUGGCAAGUUUGUGGAAAUUCAAUUUGAUCCAAGGGGCCAAAUUUCUGGAGCUGCAAUAAGGACUUACUUGCUAGAACGAUCUCGUGUUUGUCAGGUGUCUGACCCGGAGAGAAACUAUCAUUGCUUUUAUAUGCUUUGUGCUGCACCGCCGGAGGAAGCUGAGAAGUACAAAUUGGGAAAUCCACGAACUUUUCAUUAUUUAAACCAGUCAAAUUGUUAUGAGCUGGAUGGCGUAGAUAGUUCUAAAGAGUAUCUUUUAACUAAGAGGGCUAUGGAUGUUGUUGGUAUCAGUCAGGGAGAGCAGGAUGGAAUAUUCCGAGUUGUGGCUGCAAUUCUUCAUUUAGGAAAUAUUGAGUUCAAAAAGGGACAGGAAAUAGAUUCUGCUGAACCUAAGGAUGAUAAAUCUCGGUUCCAUCUAAAAACCGCAGCAGAGCUAUUAAUGUGUAAUGAGAAGGCUCUUGAAGACUCCCUAUGCAAACGUGUUAUGGUGACUCGUGAUGAGAGCAUUACAAAAUCGCUUGACCCUGUUUCAGCAGCUCUCAGCAGAGAUGCUUUGGCAAAAAUUGUUUAUUCAAAAUUAUUUGACUGGCUUGUGGACAAGAUAAAUGUUUCUAUUAGUCAGGAUCCUGAAUCAAAAUCGUUGAUUGGUGUUCUGGAUAUUUAUGGAUUUGAGAGUUUCAAGACAAACAGUUUUGAGCAAUUUUGCAUCAAUUUGACAAAUGAAAAGCUGCAGCAGCAUUUUAAUCAGCAUGUUUUUAAGAUGGAGCAGGAAGAAUACAAGAAAGAAGAAAUUGACUGGAGUUAUAUAGAAUUUAUUGAUAAUCAAGAUAUUCUUGAUCUUAUUGAAAAGAAACCUGGUGGCAUCAUAGCUCUUCUUGAUGAGGCUUGUAUGUUUCCCAGAUCAACACAUGAGACAUUUGCUCAAAAGCUUUAUCAGACUUUUAAAGACAAUAAACGCUUCAGUAAGCCUAAGCUGUCACGCACUGACUUCACCAUUUGUCAUUACGCUGGUGAUGUUACUUACCAGACUGAGCUCUUCCUGGAUAAGAACAAAGAUUAUGUUGUUUCAGAGCAUCAAGCUCUGCUGAAUGCUUCAGAAUGCUCUUUUGUUUCAAGCUUGUUUCCUCCUUCACCCGAGGAAUCUUCCAAAACAACAAAGUUCUCCUCAAUAGGUUCCUCCUUCAAGCAACAACUCCAAGCUUUGCUUGAGACUUUGAGUGCCACUGAACCACACUACAUUCGUUGUGUGAAGCCCAAUAAUGCUCUUAAGCCAGGAAUAUUUGAGAACCAAAAUGUACUACAACAACUUCGAUGUGGGGGAGUGAUGGAGGCAAUUAGAAUUAGUUGUGCUGGAUUUCCCUCUCGAAAGUCGUUUCGUGAAUUUGUAGCUCGAUUUUCCCUUCUGGCUCCGGAGGUUCUCUCUAAGCGUAAUAACUAUACUGAGGUCACUGCUAGCAAGAAGAUUCUGGAGAAGAGUAAGCUCAGUGGUUAUCAGAUUGGUAAAACGAAAGUUUUUCUUAGGGCUGGUCAGAUGGCAGAGCUAGAUGCAUUGCGAACUGAGAUUUUAGGAAGAUCAGCAAGUCUGAUACAGAGAAAAGUCCGUACGUACUUGUGUCGUAAACGCUUUAUUUUGUUGCGGUUAUCUGCCAUACAAAUUCAAGCCUUGUGUAGAGGACAAGUUGCACGCCAUCAGUAUGAGGAAAUGAGAAGAGAAGCUGCUGCUCUGAAUAUUCAAAACCAUUUACGCAAGUUUCUUGCAAGGAAAGCGUACAAGAAUUUGUACUUCUCAGCUGUUUCUAUUCAAACAGGCAUGCGUGGGAUGAUUGCUCGUAGUGAGCUUCUGUCCAGAAAGCAGACAAGAGCUGCAACUGUAAUUCAGAGUCACUGUCGACGAUUCUUGGCCAACCGUCGUUAUCUAAGGUUAAAGAAAGCAGCAAUUACUACACAAUGUGCCUGGAGAGCAAGGGUUGCACGUAAAGAAUUACGGAAGCUAAGAAUGGCCGCCAGGGAAACUGGUGCUCUUCAAGAAGCCAAAACUAAGCUGGAAAAGGAAGUUGAAGAACUUACAUGGCGCUUGCAACUAGAGAAACGAACGAGGGUUGACCUUGAGGAAUCAAAAAAACAGGAAAGUGCAAGGUUUGAAUCUACUUUACAAAAGAUGCAACUUGAGUUUGAGGAAUCCAAGAAAAAGGAAAGUGCAAGGUUUGAAUCUAUUUUGCAUAAGAAGGAACUUGAGUUUGAGGAAUCCAAAAAACAGGAAAGUGAAAGGUUUGAAUCUACUUUGCACAAGAUGCAACUUGAGUUUGAGGAAUCCAAGAAACAGGAAAGUGAAAGGUUUGAAUCUACUUUCCACAAGAUGCAAGUUGAGUUUGAGGAAUCCAAAAAACAGGAAAGUGAAAGGUUUGAAUCUACUACGCAAAAGAUGCAACUUGAGUUUGAGGAAUCCAAAAAACAGGAAAGAGCAAGGUUUGAAUCUACUUUGCACAGAAAGGAACUUCAGUUUCAGCAACUGCAAUUUGAGUUGCAGAAACUGCAACUUGAGUUUGAGGAAUCCAAAAAACAGGAAAGAGAAACACUAGAAUCUACUUUGCACAAGAAGGAACUUGAGUUUCAGGAAUCCAAAAAACAGGAAAGAGCAACAUUUGAAUCUACUUUGUACAAGAAGGAACUUGAGUUUCAGGAACUGCAAGUUGAGUUUCAGAAAAUGCAACUUGAGCUUGAAGAAACAAAAGAGUUGCUAAUCAAAGAACGUGAAGCUGCAAAGAAAAUUGCAGAACAAGUUCCUGCGGUUCAGGAGAUCCCCGUUAUUGACGAUGAAUUAGUAAACAAACUUACUGCUGAAAAUGAACAGCUGAAGGCUCUGGGAAGCUCCUUAGAACAGAAAAUUAAUGAAACAGAGAGGAAAUAUGAAGAAACAAACAAGCUUAGUGAAGAGCGACUAAAGCAAGGUUUGGAGGCAGAAUCAAAGAUAGUUGAGCUCAAAACUGAAAUGCAGAGGCUCAAAAAAAAGAUUUUGGACAUGGGAGCUGAGGACCAAAAACCGCAGCAGCAGGCCAUGCCGAGUGCACUGAGUACAAACAUGUCAGAGGUGACAUCUGCAGAGAUCCCCGUUGUUGAUGAUGAAUCAAUGAAUAAACCUACCGUUAUUGAAGAUGAAUCAAUGAAUAAACAUACCGUUAUUGAAGAUGAAUCAAUGAAUAAACCUACCAUUAUUGACGAUGAAUCAAUGAAUAAACUUACUGCUGAAAAUGAACAGCUGAAGAUUUUGGACAUGGGAGCUGAGGACCAGAAACCGCAGCAGCAGGCCAUGCCGAGUUCACUGAGUACAACCAUGUCAGGGGUGACAUCUGCAGAGAUCCCUGUCAUUGACAAUGAAUCAAUGAAUAAACCUACCGUUACUGACGAUGAAUCAAUGAAUAAACUUACCGCUGAAAAAGAACAGCUGAAGAUUUUGGACAUGGGAGCUGAGGACCAGAAACCACAGCAGCAGACCAUGCCGAGUUCACUGAGUACAACCAUGUCAGAGGUGACAUCUGCAGAGAUCCCUGUUAUUGACAAUGAAUCAAUGAAUAAACCUACCGUUAUUGACGAUGAAUCAAUAAAUAGACUUACUGCUGAAAAUGAGCAGCUGAAGGCUCUGGUAAGUACCUUAGAACAGAAAAUUAAUGAAACAGAGAGGAAAUAUGAAGAGACAAAAAAGCUUAGUGACGAGCGGCUAAAGCAAACUUUGGAAGCAGAGUCAAAGAUAAUUGAGCUCAAAACUACAGUGCAAAGGCUUGAAGAAAAGAUUUUGGACAUGGAAACUGACCAGAAAUCACAGCAGCAAGCGUUGCUGAGUACACCAAGUAGAAAAAUGCCAGAGGUGACAUCUUCACCUCUGGAAAAUGGUCAUCAUGCACAACUGAGUUCUGGUCCAUCAACAAGGCUUGGUAGAGAAGACAGUAAAUUGAGGAGAUCCCAAACUGAAAAGCAGCAGCCGGAGAGUGUAGAUGAUCUACUCAAAUGUGUGGCACAGAAUCUUGGGUUCAGUCAAGAAAAGCCUGUUGCAGCAUUUACCAUAUACAAAUGCCUUCUCCACUGGAAGUCAUUUGAAGCUGAAAAGACAAGUGUUUUUGAUCGUCUUAUUGAGGUGAUGGGCUCUGCACUAGAGGAUCAGGACAACAAUGAUCACAUGGCUUAUUGGCUGUCAAACACAUCUUCAUUGUUGUUUUUGCUUCAACGUAGUCUGAAAGCCUCUGGUUCAAUGCAGAAACCACCUGCUGGAGCAUCAUUCUUUGCAAGGAUGACCAAAAGUUUCCGUUCAUCUUCUGCCAAUCUUCAAGCUGGAGUACUGAGCCAGGUUGAGGCCAAGUAUCCAGCUCUUCUUUUUAAGCAGCAGCUCUCAGCUUAUGUAGAAAAGAUCUAUGGAAUCAUUAGAGACAACUUGAAAAAGAACCUGUCACCACUUAUAUCUGGUUGUAUUCAGGUACCUAGGAUAUCAAAAGGAGCUGCUUUUCAAAAGUGUGAAGGGUUACAAGGCUAUCAUUCUCCAGCUGGUCUCUGGCAGAGCAUUAUUGAGUGUCUGAACAAGAUGAUGGGCACAUUGAAAGACAAUUUUGUGCCUCCAAUACUUGUUCAGAAUAUUUUCACUCAAACGUUUGCAUAUAUUAAUGUACAGCUCUUUAAUAGCCUUCUUCUCCGUCGAGAGUGCUGCACAUUUAGCAACGGGGAGUAUGUGAAAUCUGGCUUAGCUGAAUUGGAACUAUGGUGUGCCGAAGCAGACGUUGAGUAUGUAGGCCCAUCAUGGGAUGAACUCAAACACACAAGGCAAGCUGUUGGAUUCUUGGUUAUAAAUCAGAAAUCCAAAAUAUCCUUUGAUGAAAUAUCAAAAGACCUUUGUAGUGCUUUGAGUGUUCAACAACUUUAUAGGGUAUGUACGCUUUAUAGGGAUGACAACUACAACACUCAAAGUGUUUCACCAGAUGUUCUUGCCCACAUGAAAGAACUUAUGUCAGAUGAUACCGAAGAUGAUGGUGGUAGCUCCUUCCUGUUGGAAGACGAUAUCAGCAUUCCAUUCACAAUGGAGGACAUUUCUAAUUGCCAUCAAGUAAAAGAGUUUGCAUCAGUAAGACCCGCCGAAGAACUUAUGACGGAUCCAGCCUUCCAAUUUUUACAGGAUUAAGGUACCGGUUCUACCAUCGUUACAUCUUUUCCAUUCACUGCAUUCUUUGAUUUUUUUUGUCAUCUAGAGUUGAACAGAAAAGAAAAAGGUCAACUUCAUGGCAGUGCUGCCACACAUUAACUACAAAUGUUAUACUUUCUUUGUAACAUCCAUUGCCAAAAUGUAAGUAAUUCUUAGAGUUCUUUAGGUAGUUAAUUUGGUCAUUUCUCUUCAGCAUCUUUUUGGUACUGAAUGGUCUAGAGGAAGAGGAUUGAUUAUUAAUGUAGUGGAGCUUUUCAAAGCUGUUUUUUAAUUCCCAAAUUUUCAUCUUGUACAAAUUAAC